CACCACACGGGAUCCACUUCCGGUCGCUGAUGCGGAUGUGUGAUGCAAUCAGCUGUAAGGAUAUCCGCCUCGACUUCUCACAAGUUACCACUUUCAUUUAGAACAAUGAAUCAGCUGAACGAUUAGCGCUCACAUGUUUGUUGUCCGUUGCUCAGUAUCCGGUUAAAGUUCGGUCCUACCAACUCGGUCUUCGCCUCUGGCUAACGUUAGCAACUCCGCACCGUUGCUAGCAGCCCAUGUUAGCAGCUAGCAGCCCUGUUGCCAGUUUUAUUCAUUUAUUUUUCUACGUAUUCUUCGCUUGAAGCUCCGUCUUUUGACGCACACACACCACCCUGGGGUUCCAUAUGUGCAUAUUCUGAUACGCUGGAUCCCGGCGGAGGCAGUCACCCCACCUGGACCUGCUCGUUCGGAGGAUCUGGCUUUUAAAUGGCCACCGCUGCCCCCCCUCCAGCCUCUGGCACCGCUGCGGCCACCGAGAACCCGAGUCCCGGAUCCAGCAGCUCGACCGCGGCCGACAGCGGCAACCAGGACAGCACCUUCGAGUGCAACAUAUGUCUGGACACCGCCAAGGAUGCAGUGAUCAGCCUGUGUGGACACCUCUUCUGUUGGCCUUGUUUGCAUCAGUGGUUGGAGACCAGACCCAGCAGACAAGUGUGUCCAGUGUGUAAAGCUGGCAUCAGUCGAGACAAAGUUAUCCCCUUGUAUGGCCGUGGAAGCACAGGUCAACAGGACCCCAGAGAGAGAACACCCCCUCGACCACAAGGGCAAAGGCCUGAGCCAGAAAACCGUGGUGGAUUUCAAGGGUUUGGUUUUGGAGAUGGGGGUUUCCAAAUGUCAUUUGGAAUUGGUGCCUUUCCAUUUGGUAUUUUUGCCACAGCUUUUAACAUCAACGAUGGGAGACCUCCUCCAGGUAUAUAUGUUCCCCUGGGACGCCACAGCACACGGACGAACAGUUUCUGUCUCGACUCUUCCUAUUUGUCGCUCUGGUGAUUAUGUUUUGGCUGCUGAUUGCGUGAACGCACCGGUAGACGACCUGCGGGGACAAGCCAAAGGAUCUGACAAAGAGGACACAUGAAGGCAUAUGUGAUUCUGCCUCCAUGCAUAUAUUUGCUUCUUGAUAUUUUUUUCUCUCUCACCAAGCCAUGUGAGAUUUGAAUGAAGCAGGUAUUUCCAAAUUAUAGGAGUUUAAUUAUAAAUUAUGCUACCUACACUCUAUCCAGACACCACAGAAUGUUCCAGAAAUGCUCCUGUUGGUGUGAACACCUCUGACCAGGACAAUCUCCUGCUGUGUUCUCUGGAUGUGAACGGUAAACACAUAUUCUCGGACAUUUUCCAUUCCAUGUCUGAAAACGGCUUUUGUAAGAAAAGUACAGGACUGGUUGUAUUUCCCACAACUCUGUAAACAUUGACAGUUUGACAGUUAAUAUUACAAUCUACACCUGUGCUUUUCCUACAGCAACAUGUCAAAAUGCCUUUUAAAUUAAAAAAAAAGUAAUACUGAGAUAAAUGCGUAACAUGAGCCUUUGCUUUCCUCCAUGUCAUCUCUCUUUUACAAUAAUGUACCGAGACUUUUGUUCAUUGUUUUUCUCCAACAAAUUACAAAUUAUGCAUCACGUCGCCAAAAUCCUUCACAUGCUUUGUGAAAUCAAGACAAUGUCGAACAUUGUGUCUUUAUUUAAGAACUAUAUUGAUGCAUAUAAGCAUUCAAAAGAUUAACUUAUGAAACAGUAUUCCUUUCAAAAUUGUAACAUAUUUUACUUUGCUUAGUUUCGUAUGUUACUGUAAUUAAAUGUAAAAUACUGUAACUACAGAGUUCAAAUGGAGAUUGGUGGGUUAUCAUGAAGCCAUAACUCUAAAUGUGAAUUCAAGCUAUUGACAGUAAAGCUUUGUAAAUAAAAAAUGUUAAUCACCA